AUGGAUAAUUAAAAGAAGUGCCUUUUUGAAAAAUUUGGAGGAGACUAACAAGUUUCGGAACUCAUUGAUCAAUUCUAUUAUAAAGUAUUGUUUGAUAAGCUACUUCGUGACAAAUUUUUGAAGGCAGAUAUGAGUAGAGUUAGAUAUCAAUAAAAGCGAUUUUUCGCUUAGAUGAUGGGCGAUUCCAAUACCUAAUAUACUGGAAGAGAUUUAAUCGAAGUCCACAAAAAUCUCAAUAUCACCAACUAGUAAUUUGAUAAAUUUAAAACACAUCUCAAAAAUAUUGCUUUAGAUAUGGAAAUACCCAAUGCAGACAUAGAAGAGCUACUUCAACAUGUUGAAAAACAUAGAGACUUCAUUGUAUUCUAAAAAUGAUAAAAUGUUUAUGUAAUUGGUUAUUAUUAUAUAUACAAAUACCCAAUUAU